AUGGCUGCAGAUGAGGAGCUUGAUGCUCUUGAUUCACUGAACUCACUGGAGAAGGAAGCUUCAGAGUUCAACAAGGAUGCAGAGAUCGAUCGCAUAAGGAAGGCCUUUCAACUCGAUGCCUACGCGGUACUCGAUCUCCAGCCCGGAGUCCCAGACUCCGAUAUAAAAGUCCAAUAUCGAAAAAAGUCUCUACUCAUUCACCCCGAUAAAACCUCCAACCCAGCUGCCCCAGAUGCCUUUGACAGACUUAAAAAAGCGCAGACAGCUCUCCUCGAUGAAAAGCAGCGAGCACAUCUAGACGAAUGCAUAGCGGACGCGCGACGAUUGCUAAUUAGAGAACAUAAAUAUACACUUGAUUCACCAGAGCUCAAGACGGAAAAGUUUAAAGAGGAAUGGAGGAAGAAAACUGUGUUUGUCUUGCUGGAGGAAGAAGCUAGGCGUCGGAGACAGUUGAAGGGUAGGAUGCAGGAGGAAGGAAGGGAGAAGAAGAGGGAAGAGGAAGAGCUGGAGGCAAGAAAGCGGAAAAGAGAUGAUGAAAAGGCGUGGGAAGAGUCGAGGGAUACGCGUAUUGGGAGUUGGAGGGACUGGCAGAAGGGUAGAAAAGGUGGUGAUAAGGGAGAAGGGAAGAAAAAGAAGAAAAUGAAGGUGUUGGGAUAG